AUGCGUAAAAUAGUUUUGUUGUUUGCGAUAGCCGCAUUGAUGGUGGCUGCUUUCGGCGUCGUACCGACAGCUGCGAAGAGGCAAAAAGAGGACCGCGGUGACAUGACGUCCACUGACAAUAAAGGCAACGACGUCAGUGACACUGUGGCGGAGGUGGCCAACGAAUACGACAGCCAACGGUUUCCGGUGAUGUACGCGGUGGACGAGUCCGCGGCGGCCACGGCCGAAUCGGCGGUGACGGCCAAAACGCCGACGAAGCAGUCUUCGAGCAAGCAGCACAACGCCAAACUGUUGAAUAGGUUGGGCAUGAAGAGGGUGCGAACCACCAGCGGCAGUGCCGGUGACAACGGCGGUGCCAACCAUCACCGGAAACGCUUGGCCAGCCAGUCGAGGAGCAAGUACGCCGCGGACGGCAAAGGCGGUUCGGAUUCGCAAAUGUUCAUCGUCAAGUUGCCACCACAUUCACACUUUUACGACGACGGUUCGGCCGUCCACCAAAGACUGGGCCAGCCGCACCAGCAGGUGCCUUACAAGAACAUGAACACAGUGCCGGUGGGUUUCGUGUCCAACGGCAAACCUGCCAAAGUGUACCACUGGAACCUGCCGACCAUCAAGCACGCGCUCAGCGGCGGACGUUACAAGGGCGUCAACGACAUGGUCACGAUGCAGCAACAGCAGCAGCAAAUGCAACAGCAGAUACACCACAUGCAGCACUCCCAGGCCGGUGACUUCGAACUGCCGUCGUCGUCUAGUUCCAAAAUCUUGCCACGCCGCACGCUUUACUACAAGCCCCGAGGGGCCGGAAAACCGGUGAAAAAGUCGUUCGUCAACAACGGAAAGCCCAACGGAUUCUACGUGGUCAGCAGCAAGAACUCGGCAGCGGUCGUACCGCAGUACCACAAGAUCAUCAAGGCGUACUACGGUAGCGCCGACGAUUAA